ACUGGACGCGCGCUCUAUGGCAAGGUCGCCUUAGCCGGAAGACCGCCCAGCGCAUUUUCGUAAGUAUUUUCAUAAUCAGCUAUUUUUGGCGUUUGGAACAUACCACCCAAACACUUUUCUUCGAAAGUUAUUUCUCAAUUCUUAAAUAUGUCCUCCAAACCAACUCUUCUUCCCAUACCAACGACUAUUGUUUUAGCUUACGUUAUUUACAAAACGAAAAUCAACGACAUACGCCUAUGACCCCCUCACUAGAGCCGAUACCGGUACACCAGCAGGAAGUCAAUGAACCAAAUGGAAAUGACUUUGAUGAAAAACAAGCAGCCAAACAACGCACUUCAAGACGCUCAAAUUCGUGGGACGCGCGUUGUGAUUAUGAUGAGGUAAAUUUAGGUGUUGCUGGUGGUGGUGUUGGUCUUGCUGGCGUGGGUGUAACUGGUCUGGGCGCAACGAAUGGUCAUGCGAAUCAAAUUCCAAGAAAGUUGCCUGCUUUGGAAAUAAGAGGUGUCUCAUUAGAGGCUAAGCAACGCACUGACGCUGUCACGAAGAGGGAACGCUUUAAAAAUGCUCAUGGUAGUGGUGAGAAUAGCUCUUUGGAUAUGAGUGGCUCUAAUACGGCGAUCAAUAUUUUGAGUUCACGUAAAUUUCAACAACGUAAUUCUCAUCUCUUGGCACAAUCUCCUACCGAGAAGCUGAUAGGUCUGUUGAAAGAGCAUGCAGGCUUGAAGGAGUGCAAUGAGGAGACAGCAAAUCAUAUUAAUUCGAUUCUUGCCGAGCUCUACAUGCGCGUGCGCAAAAACGAGAAACACUACAAACGCGGCUUCAUUCUUGGCGGUCUCUACGGCUUGGUGGAGUGUUCUUCGCCUAAAAUUUUAUUAGGCGUCGCACGUGUGGUCUUAGCGCUGCGCGUCACAGGCAGCAAUUUGACCGGCGCCUGUAAACUCAUCUUCAAGGUAGCACGCAACGAGCAAAACGAUCAACUUUUUCACGACAACGAUCUACUCGAUCUGCUAAUCGAUGGCUUGGGACGCGCCAGCCCAUUAGACGAUCCCGAGGCGUGCAUUUACGGCUACGGCUCUAUACGAUUUCUCACCAGCAGCAGCAGCGGUCAGGAGAGAGGUGCAGAAGUGUUGAUGCCGAGCAAAGAUAAAAAUCGCAACUGGACCGAGUGUCUGGAAUUACCACGCAAACCGGCCACUGCGCCAGCACCGGGCACCGAUACAAAGCAAGCGCUGGUACAAUUACAAAAUGAACGCUACCAGAAAUUGAGCAAGCAAAAUACGCUUGUCGAACGUUUGGCACGUCACGGGGCUGUAGAAUUAAUGGUUUUGCAUUUACAAAUAUUAAAUGAAGCUGGCGCGACACAAAAACUAACUGGACCACCAUUACAUUCGCUCUAUCAAUUGUCCGCUGCAUUGCGUGCACUCUCCGAUGUACGACAGACCAGGAAUUCGUUUGAGAAGGAUUUAAAUGCAACGGAAGAACAACAUGAUUUGCUGAUAGCACAGGAGGCAUGCGGUAUGCAGCAGCAGAGCAUACAAUUGGAGUUGGCGUGCCCGCAUUUAGUGCGUGCAGCAGAGGUGGCCACGGGCGAGUUGGAGGUGCAAGCGAAUAUAGUGCGCACGCUGAGUGUGCUUUCCGAGGAUAGCGAUUGUUGCCACGUUUUGGUCAACUACACAGCACGUAUUGGCAUGCUUUUGGGGCCUUGUUGCGAGAUCUUUGAUAGUGGCUCUGAAAAAUUACUUUCCCUAUUCAGCAGACUGGGCUAUAUACUGGGCAAUAUUAUGGCGAAAUACGACAGUGCACGUGUGCAGUUCUAUCACAACGAUGUGGCUAUGCAGUAUUUACUACGCGUCCUCGAGCUCUACUCCAAAGAACCGCUGACACUGCACAACUCACUGGGCGAUACGGUGAUCGAUGUGCUCGUUAAAAUGAUACGCGUCGUCGCAAAUAUGAGCGUCAAUACCGAGGUGGGCAUCGGUUUGGGUAAUAUGCAUAAUCUGGGCAUCAUUAUGUUGAAUCUCUUGAAUGCCAUCACACACAUGAAGGCCAUACAGCUGAAAACCGAUCUGCAGGAGCUGUUGCAUGCCACGCUAGGCGCACUGCACAAUCUCUGCUUCUAUCAAGAGCAGAACAGCACACCGGCACAGGUGUUGGCCGCCAAGGGUUCGUUGCAAAGUGUGCUCGGCGAUUUGGCCACCGCGCUGUACUAUGCGCUGAAGACGUGUCGCGACGAUGCAUCACAAGUGGAGACGGCGCGCGUAUUGGGCAAUUUGACACGCAACGACAAGGCACGUCGCUACUUUUGCCGCAAUGGCGGAUUGGCAUUGGUCGUUAAACAGCUGUCCGUUAACAAUGCCAGUCAGGCGUACGAUUUCAAGGCCUGUGCAAUUGGUGUGCUUGUCAAUUUGUUGGGCGAUGCGGAAAAUCGUGCACCAUUCAUGCAACAUAAGGGCGCUGAGUUGUUGUAUUCACUGUUGGGUGCGUCGUUGCAGGAGGAAGAUUGGUUUUUGGCCACCAUAAUAUGUCAAGCUUUAUGGAAUUUACUAAUAGACGCCAGCAAUGUGUCGGAUGUGUGUCAGGAGCAAGUAUUGGAUGAUGUUUGUGAUUUAUUGGUUGACUAUUUGGAUGAGGAACGCUUGUUUGAGCAUAGCACACGACCGGAUGUGGUGUGGGAGGGUUUCGCUGUUGUUGCCACCGAUUUGUUGGAACGCAUACAAGCGAGUUAUGAUAAACAGGAACAGGAGGAGGCUGAAGCUGAGAAACAAAAACAAAAGCUACAACAGAAAAAAUUCCAAAAGAGGAAUGUCGAGGAGGCGGAGGAUGAUGUUAAUGAGGAUGAAGAUGAUGUUUAUAUUGAGGAAAUGUAAAGUAAUCGAGGAAAGGAAAAUGUGUGAAAAAAAAAACAAUAAACAAUA